CUUCCCAUCUAACGGCUGUAAAAAUCCACAAAAGGACCACUACCUUCAUCUACACCGUCAAAAGCAAAAAAUAUCAAAAAGAAAGCAGAAAAGAAUUUUAAUUCAGAAAAAAGGAAAAAAUAAUCUCAAUUUUCUCAAAUCCAAAAACCUCUCUCAAAAUUCUCUAUGGAGCCGAAUCAUGAAACUAGUGGACUCAGCUCUUACUUUCACCACCACCAACCACCACCACAACCACCGCAAAACCCUAACCCCACCACCAAUGGAAUUGUACAAAACAACUCCACUAACAAUUCCGCCGCCGCUACCACCGCCACCGCUUCUCACAUGGUGUACACUGGUUCACUGCCGUCCGCCGCCGUGUCGCCGCCGAUGGAGAGCGUGAAGAGAAAGCGAGGGAGGCCCAGAAAGUAUAGCACGCCAGAACAAGCUGCGGCUGCUAAACGGCUCUCUUCGGCUUCGGCUCCGCCCAAAAAGAGGGAUCAUGCUUUGAGCCGUUGUGCUGGAGCUGACGCGGCUGGUGGUUCUUCUAAGAAAUCCCAAUUGGCCGCUCUGGGUAAUGCUGGACAAGGUUUUUCACCUCAUAUCAUCAAUGUGUCUACUGGAGAAGAUGUCGGUCAGAAAAUUAUGAUGUUCAUGCAACAAAGCAAAUACGAACUAUGCGUAUUAUCAGCAUCUGGCUCAAUCUCUAAUGCCUCUCUGCGUCAGCCAGCAACAUCUGGAGGAAGUAUUACAUAUGAGGGGCGAUUUGACAUUCUCACUCUUUCUGGAUCUUACGUACGCACUGAGAUUGGAGGCAGAACCGGUGGGCUUAGUGUGUGUCUGGCAAGUACAGAUGGUCAAAUUAUUGGAGGCGGAGUUGGUGGUCCCUUGAUAGCUGGAGGCCCAAUUCAGGUGAUUGUUGGCUCAUUUUCAGUUGACUCAAAAGCUGGUGGAGUAAAGAAUGAUAUUUCUCAGCAAAUUGGUGGGUCACCAAUGUCAAGUGUAGGCUUUCGCUCGGUGGUUGAUUCUUCUCAUCAAAAUAUGGGCGGAGGUCAAUUUAUGAUGCAGUCUCGCAGCAUGCAACCAACGCCUUUACAUCAAACUGAAUGGAGGGUUAGCACCGGUCAGGGCAUGCACCAGUCUCCAGAAAAUGGGGACUAUGACCACCUUCAAGACUAGGCAAAAAUUGUCGUGUUAGGAGUAGUGUGAACAACAUUCGUAAGUUAUAGGUUCUUUUGGAAGAGAAUAUACAAACUCUUUACAUUGUACAGGUUAGCGACACCUCCUCUAGUGUCUUUUUUGCAGAUGAAAACUGCUGCCAAAUGCACUGAUGUAUGGACCUCAAAAAAUUUUCCUGCAUUGCUCUGGAUUACCUUGCUGUCUUUGUGCUUUAGAGUUAUCUAAAAAAAAAAUUCAUUGGGGAUGUAUAAAACAAGGAAUUACUGA